AUGUCCCUCAGCAGGAGUAUUGAAUUCGAACACUUCGAGGAACGCGAGAGCAAGCCGAACCGGACCCCGAGAGGUCCGGGCUCCCACGCCGGGGGAGGCGGCUCCUCCCGGGGCGCUGGAGCGACGCCCAGCCCGGCGCAUAGCGCUCACUGCAGCUUCUACCGGACUCGAACUUUGCAGUCGCUGACGUCGGAGAAAAAAGCUAGGAAAGUACGUUUUUACCGAAAUGGAGAUAAAUACUUCAAGGGGCUUGUUUACGCUGUGUCAGCCGACCGUUUCCGUUCCAUGGACGCGCUGCUCAUGGAGCUCACGCGCUCCUUGUCGGAUAACGUCAACCUGCCGCAGGGGGUUCGGACUUUGUACGCCCUGGAUGGGGGAAGGAAGAUCAGCAGCCUGGACGACCUAGUGGAGGGCGAAAGUUACGUGUGCGCCUCCAACGAGCCCUUCCGACGCGUGGACUACACCAAGAACGUCAACCCAAACUGGGCCGUGGGUAGCAAGACGGGCACGUCGCGCUCCCUGUCGUCGCUGCUCUCGCCCAGGGGCGAGCAUCAACGCGAGCCCAAAGACUUCAUCAAGCCCAAACUGGUGACGGUAGUCCGAAGCGGCGUCAAACCGCGGAAGGCUGUGCGCGUCCUGCUCAACAGGAAGACUGCGCACUCCUUCGAGCAGGUGCUCACCGAUAUCACGGAAGCCAUCAAGCUGGACUCUGGUGCCGUCAAGAGGUUGUACACACUGCAAGGCAAACAGAUCACAUGUCUCCAGGACUUCUUCGGCGACGACGACGUAUUCAUCGCGUGCGGCCCAGAAAAGUUCCGCUACGCCCAUGACGACUUUGCUUUGGAUCACAGCGAAUGCAAAGGACUGAAGUCGUUACACAGUCGUUCGGUCACUCCGAUUCGGACCGGGAAGAGUCGCAGCAAGUCACCCGGUGCAGGUAAACUAAGCCGUGCGAAGCGUACGACCCGCAUUUCAGCCAGUCAGACGCCCGCCAAAUCUCAAGUAAAUGGACACACGCCAAAGUCUACAAAAUCGUCCACGCCAUCGCCUGUCAGCCCACAAAGCAAGACGCUUCCGUCGCAUCGCGGCUCUAAUUCAAACGUCGGAGGUUCACCAGACAACCACAAGGGGGAGACAAACAGUCCGGAGGUUAACGGUAACCACAGCGACCAGAUCUCUCCCGCCAUCUUGAAGAAGUACGACAUCGGAAAAGUGAUUGGGGACGGCAACUUUGCUGUGGUCAAGGAGUGCGUUGAGAGAUCCACAGGAAAAGAGUUUGCCCUGAAGAUCAUCGACAAAACCAAGUGUCGCGGCAAGGAGCACCUGAUUGAGAACGAGGUGUCGGUGCUGCGCCGGGUCAAGCACCCCAACAUCAUCCUCUUGGUGGAAGAAGUGGACACGCCCACACAGCUGUGUCUUGUCAUGGAGCUGGUUAAGGGCGGCGACUUAUUCGACGCCAUCACGUCUUCGACCAAAUACACAGAAAAGAGCGCCGGCGUCAUGGUGCGCCACCUGGCUUCUGCCAUGCAGUACCUACACGCCCUCAACAUCGUCCACAGAGACAUCAAGCCGGAAAACCUGUUGGUAUUCCGCAAACCCGAUGGCACCGAGUCGCUAAAACUCGGCGACUUUGGCCUGGCGACGGUGGCGGACGAACCCUUGUACACCGUGUGCGGAACGCCCACUUAUGUAGCUCCGGAAAUCAUCGCCGAGACCGGUUACGGCGUGAAGGUAGACGUCUGGGCAGCAGGCGUCAUCGCGUACAUUCUCCUGUGUGGAUUUCCUCCGUUUCGAAGUGAGAGCAACCAGCAGGAGGAGCUUUUUGAGCAAAUUCUACUGGGCCGACUAGACUAUCCCAGUCCGUACUGGGACAACAUCAGCCAUGCAGCCAAGGAUCUGAUCGGGAAGAUGCUGCUGGUCGACUCGGACGCUCGCUACGCUGCACAGGACGUCCAGGCCCACCCUUGGGUGGCAGACGAUUCCUCGCGGGAGGAUGCAGAUGCUGUUGAUGGCAUGAAAUCUGAGGUGACGGGGAAAUUGAGGACACAUUUCAGCACGACAGACAAAGAAGAAAACGCCAAUGCAGGCUUGUCUGUCAUUCCGAAGACGGCGCUCGACAAAGAGACCCUCCAUUUGUCCGCAGACCCACCGAAAUCCGAGGACGUUUCUUCUGCGAGCGUCCCGAGCUCGUCGUCGACCGGAUGUCCUGUCAAACACGUGGUCUUCCUUCCGCUGGCGUUCCCCUCGCCUCCGUCCUCGCCGUCCUCCGCCUCGCCACCUUCCCCGCCCGCCUUCGCCGCUAUGGAGGAGACGGCGGUGGCCCGGGAGCUCGUGGAGGGCGUUUAA